CCUAACCUCUCCCUCUGACAAAACACUGAUUUCGUUGACGUUUAAUUGUUUAAUCGGGUCAAAAUUUCAGGAAACGUCGAACCUAAUACCUGAACAUGCUCCCCCGAAGUCGUGCUUCGAGCUCGGCUAUGAACCGCGAACUCAUCGAGUCGAACCGGCACUUCACUUCUGGCUUGUACCAGAAGUUACUAAAGAACGAAAAAAACAACUUCGCCUUGAGCAUCUUUUCCACACAACUAGUUCUCGCCUUAACACUCGCCGGUGCUAAAGAAGACACAGCCACUGAACUCCGAACCGUUCUACACUUUCCAGAGGAGUCCGACCCCUCGAUCUUUUUCUCUCAAUACAUCAAAUCGUGGAAGAGUUCGAACACCUGUCGUCUCUUCGCCGCCAACAAAAUCUACGUAACAAAAAAAUUCGUCAUAUCCGAGGACUUCAAGAAAACCGCAGCCAGAGACUACAAAGUGGACACGGAGAGUUUAAGCUUCGAGCAGAACCAGAAAGCCGCCAGUAUUAUCAACGCGUUUGUGGAAAAACAGACCAAGGGUAAGAUGAGCGGUACCAUCGCUCCUGAUGACCUCAGUAAAGACACCAGUGUUGUUCUCGUGAACGUUUCGCAUUUUCGGGCACGGUGGCUCAACGAAUUCCAGCGGGCCUCUACGAGGAUGCUUGAGUUCUAUGCGAACGGAAAGAACGAGGUGUUGGUGUACAUGAUGCACCAAGUAAAUAACUUCAAUUACCAUGAAAGUCGAAAUUUGAAGGCGCAGUUUAUAGAAUUACCGUUCAAAGACAGGGACGUAGUGCUCGUGGUGGUGCUACCGAAGGAGAGAAUGGGGUUGGAGUUCCUGGAUCAGAAGCAGGAGGUGUUUCGAAGACCGGCGUUCGUGGAACAGUCGGUUCACGUGGUGCUUCCCAAGUUCAAAAUCGAAAAUGCGAGAGACUUGGUGACGGUCCUGCAGGAGAUGCAGAUUAGGAAAGUUUUCUCGGACGAGGCGAACUUGACGGGAAUCGGGGGCAGGAGAAAUGGGGACCUAAAGGUGGAUAAGGUUGUGCAGAAGGUGUGUUUUGAGUUUGACGAAGAGGGAGUAGAGGCGUCUACGAUGGAAACUACUGGGAAGGCUGAGGAACGUUCCUUGCACACGUCUGUUCCGGUGGAGUUCAUCGCAGACCAUCCCUUCAUCUUCUACAUUAAAAUUAAAGAUAUUAUCUGUUUCGCUGGAAGGAUCAUGGAUCCUAGCCCUAGCUCAUAAAUUCGACAGACAAAUAAACUAAGUGUUUCAUGGUGAA